UUCUUGCAUGCUACUACUGUUCGCGCGUGAUUUUCACUCCGAGAUCUUGUAGAGCGCGUGAGAAACGAAUACCAUCUCGAUCAAAAAGAUGGAUCAACCCGACCCGGGAAAUGCGUCUGGCCUGAUUCUCUCCGUCACCGAACCGCUGCGAUCUUUUCUCGCGUCGGCCUGCGAUGAUCGUCGUCUCUCCGACGAACUCAGAGAUAUCGCUUCGGAUCUGCGGUCGAGGAACACCGUCCCUUACAAAUUGCUGCGCGCUAUAUGGACCGGAUCCGAUCCCUCGACCAGACCGGAUUUGUUGGGACUUUUCUCCGGCUCCGGUUUCGUAUUCACCAGUCCCAAACCCAGGGAAAAGAGUGAAGAACUGAAACUGAGACUGCUUAAGCUGAGGGAAAUAGCAGAGAGGAAGGAAUACGCUGAGCUUGUUAAAGAUAUAACACCUAGGAAACAAGUUGAAGAGCCUUUCUCUUCUUACAAAGACCAGCUCGGUUUUGGUUUACACGUUGGUCUUACAAUGUUCACUGGGUAUUUGGUUGGAUACGCUUCCUUCAGAGCUUUAUUCAACCGCAACCCCGCUCUCAGUGCUGCUGGUGGGAUACUUGGGUUAGUUUUGGCGAUGCUUGUGGAAACACUUCUGUUUAUAAUCAAAACAUCUAAAGAUGAUCAGAUUCAGAGCUCUAACUCAUCAUCAUCAUCAUCCUCAUCCUCAAAUUCGUCAUUCACUCCCACUAUUAAGAAGAAUCAAUAGAACUUUUUGAUUUUUGCCUUCUCGUUUCAGUUCUACUGAGAAAGAUAUUUGUAGAGGUUUAAGCUUCGAAUCCACAUAGUAACCCAAUUUUGGGAAAUUUUAGUCCAAAACACACGAUUUUAAAGUUGUCAAAAUACAUAUGAAGUUUUUUUUUUUAUCUUAUGAAAUU